AUGGCGAACCUUCGCAAGUCCAAAAGCGAAAAUUGUCUCUUGCAGCUUAAAGUAAUGUUGAAGAAACCCGCGGAUUCAGCUACACCUGCUAAGAAAUGCCGCAUUUUGAACAAGAUAUUCUCGGAUCCAGUGAGAAAAAAGAGUUACGAUCUUCAGGCACUUACUCUGUCCUCGUUACCGCUAUUACCGAAAUUUGUCAACAACAAUUACGACAAUAUCAAACUGCUUACAUAUGAGGGGGAUCUGUGGCUGCGAGAAAUGUCACGGUUAAAGAAACCAAGCUGGCGAAAAAGACGUUGUGUUUUGCUGGAGGACAAGCUGCACUGUUAUGAAACCAAAAAAGGCGUUCUUACCUACUCCGGACUAAUUCUUAGAAUAUCCGAGGUUGUUACGUUAUCGAUUGAAGAAUCAGACUGCAUAAAAAUUUGUGACAUUGAUGGAGGAACGCGUUUAUUCCGUUGCAAUUCUGAGGAUGAAAGAAACGAGUGGAUGACUGCUUUGCUUUCGGCGAAAGCAAUCAAUUUGGUUAAGUACCACUGA